CGUACCUACGUGUUCUUUUGCGAGUCCGUUUCCUAGUCUCGUCGCGGAGAUUCCUGUGCAGCCGGUGUGACAUUCGUCCGUAGUACAAUAUUAAAUUUAUUACCACACACCGGGUAGGUGUUUAGCCUAUCAACGACCUCAUAAGUCCGUACACGGAACCGAGUCGCCGAUAUUUCGUGUUGACAGUAUAAGUUCGUUGUUGUAAAUUAAAUGCGCCAAAAACAUAAUUUUCUUUCACCUUUAUUACUAUUAUAAAUAUUGUCAUACGGGUAUAAUAAUAAUAAUUCGUUGAGGAGUACUCGAGCAUCUGUUCAAUGGCCGAGAUCAAGUACAAAUUCGAAGCCGUGAUGAUCGUCUCUGGCGUGUUUAUGUUGCUGACCAUGUACGAACUGCCGGUCGCCAGUUACUUCAAAUCUAUUAUAUAUUACAGGUGUUUCCAAGAAAUUGCUGUUCAACUGUUGGUGCCUCUGGUCUUUCAGACACUUAUACCCACAUACAACGAUGGCGACGAGGAUGACGGGUCAAUGCUGUUUUGGAUCUUAGACAUCAUCGAAUACUCUAUGUAUUUCACAACUAUAUACCUCGUCAAGAGAAUAAUAACUUUAACGAAUUUACUUUGAGAAUGAAAUAAACGUAUUACGAUAAAUGUGUAAACCUAUGCCUUCAACUUGCACUUGGAAAAGUUUUGCGUGAGAGAAAUUGUAGGACAUAAUAAUAUAAGGUGGUACAUAAAUCACAA